GGCGAGCGCUGACUGGGCCCAGGGCUUGUCCGUCAGGGUUCCCUUAAAGGGCCAGGUGAGCCCCGAGCUUUGCGCCCAGCCGAGGGAGGGCUCGCUCUCCUCCUCCUCCUUCCCCUGGACCUGCCUGCCGCCGGGGCUGGAGGGGGCUGCCAGGCGGUGGCCGACCGGCCGGCCGGGAGGAAGGGAAGGAGGAAGGAUGCCAGGGCUGGGCAGAGGGGUCCCCUGAAGGCCGGCCAGGGAGCCGGGCAUCUCCCGCCGGUUACCCUCCUGCAUCCCUCAGCAUCCUCAGCAGCAGCAGCAGCAGCAGCAGCAGCCUCGCCUCCUCCUCCUCCUCCUCCGCCUGCUGCAAAGCCAGGAUCAAGGACUAAACUUCUCUUCCUUCCUGAGGAGGCCCACGGGUGCCCCUCCCCACCCCUCUUGGCAUGAUGAUGUGUGAAGUGAUGCCAACCAUCAAUGAGGACAACCGACGUGGCUCGGCCUAUGGGGCAGACGAUGCCAACUUUGAGCAGCUUAUGGUCAACAUGCUGAAUGAGCGCGAACGGCUGCUAGAGACACUGCGCGACACACAGGAAAGCUUAGCCACCUCACAACUCCGCCUGCGUGAACUGGGCCAUGAGAAAGAGUCCCUGCAGCGCCAGCUCAACAUUGCCUUGCCACAGGAAUUUGCUGCACUUACUAAGGAACUCAACUUGUGCCGGGAACAACUGUCAGAGCGUGAGGAAGAGAUAUCAGAGCUGAAGGCAGAACGAAACAACACGCGGCUGCUGCUAGAACACCUGGAAUGCCUUGUCUCACGACAUGAACGCUCCCUCCGCAUGACGGUGGUGAAACGACAAGCCCAGUCACCGGCUGGUGUUUCCAGUGAGGUGGAGGUGCUGAAGGCCCUCAAGUCUCUCUUUGAGCAUCACAAGGCCCUGGAUGAGAAGGUUCGAGAACGGCUGCGUGUAGCAUUAGAGCGGGUUGCAGUACUGGAGGAAGAGCUGGAGAUCUCCAAUCAGGAGUCUCUCUCCCUUCGUGAGCAGCUCGCCCGACGCCGAUCUGGUCUAGACGAUCCCAGCAAAGAUGGAGAUGCCCAGAUUUGUGCAAAUGGAUCUGGCUCUCUUGACUUGGGGCGUGGCGGUCGGGAAUCCGAACUAGAAGAGGUCUUGGAACGUCAGCGAGGAGAGCUAUCUCAGCUGAAGGAGCGACUUACCAUGCUCUGUCGGCAGAUGGCAGAACUUGAAGAAGAAUUGGCCACAGCCCAGCGAGAUCUCAUCAAAUCUGAAGAGAUCAAUGCCAAGUUGCAAAGAGACCUCAAGGAGGCAUUAGCUCAGCGGGAGGACAUGGAGGAGCGGAUCACCACCUUGGAGAAACGCUACCUAAGUGCUCAGAGGGAAGCAACCUCUCUACAUGAUGUCAAUGACAAGCUGGAGAACGAAUUGGCCAGUAAGGAAUCCCUGUACAGACAAAGUGAGGAAAAGAACAGGCAGCUACAAGAUUGGUUGGAGGAUGCUAAGCAGAAACUUCAGCAGACCCUUCAGAAAGCUGAGACCUUACCUGAGAUAGAAGCUCAGUUAGCCCAGCGAGUGGCAGCCCUCAACAAGGCAGAGGAGCGUCAUGGGAAUUUUGAAGAACGCUUGCGUCAACUUGAAGCCCAACUGGAAGAAAAGAACCAAGAGUUGCAACGGGCACGACAAAGGGAAAAAAUGAAUGACGAGCACAACAAGCGCCUCUCAGAAACAGUAGAUAAAUUGCUGUCUGAAUCCAAUGAGCGUCUCCAGUUGCACCUGAAGGAGCGGAUGGGGGCCUUGGAAGAGAAGAACACCCUCAGUGAGGAAAUUGCCAACAUGAAGAAGGUUCAGGAUGAACUACUGGCAAAUAAGGAGCAACUGCUAGCUGAGAUUGAGAGGAUGCAAAUGGAGAUAGACCAGUUACGUGGGCGACCAGUCUCUACCUACUCCCGGUCUCUGCCGGGCAGCGCGCUGGAGUUGCGUUACUCCCAGGCGCCCACGCUGCCCGUGGGGGCCCACGUGGACCAUUACAGCAGUGCUGGUGUGGCAAGACGUUCAAAGAAGGGGCGCUGGACCGUCAAGGACGAAGCCACCAAGGAGUGGGAGAGGGCUCAGCAGGCAGCAGCCGGAGCAUCCUUUGAGAGUGGAUUAGAUGGUUCAGAUGAAGAUGAACGCGACCCAUUGUUCAGCUCAGCUGACCUGCUUUCUCCCAGUGGGCAGGCUGAUGUGCAGACCUUGGCCAUAAUGCUACAAGAACAGCUGGAAGCCAUCAACAAAGAAAUCAAAUUGAUUCAGGAGGAGAAAGAAUCUACAGAACAGCGGGCAGAGGAAAUCGAGAGCCGAGUGACUAGUGCCAGUUUGGAUGGAUCUCUCGGCCGCUACCGCUCAGGGGCUUCCAUUCCUCCCUCUGUCACCAGCUCCACUCUGGCCAGCCCUUCUCCCCCCAGCAGUGGCCAUUCCACUCCCCGCUUGGCGCCCCAUAGCCCUGCUCGCGAUGGAGAAAAAAUGCAGAACCACAUUGCCAAGGAAGAAGGGAGAGGGUCUGAGGAAAAGGCCCUGGCACUCUGUGAGCCCCCAGCUCCUUCCACCCCCCGCACAAUGCGUCUUGAACGCAUGACCCAGGCCUUAGCCCUGCAGGCUGGAAGUUUGGAAGAUGGGAGGGAUCUGAGAACCAGUCUUGGAUCAGAAGUCACCAACAGCAGCCAAGAUUCCUUACAUAAAUCCACCAAGAAGAAGAGCAUCAAGUCCUCCAUUGGACGUCUCUUUGGGAAGAAGGAGAAAGGGAGGCUGGGACAGUUGGGCCGUGAGUCCCCCUCACUUGCUGGGACACCAUCAGAUGAGAUGUCACCUGCAGACCCUCUGGGCCUUUCCAAGCUGUCUGGACCAGUGGACAAGGACCGUAGGAACAAAAAGAAGCAUGAGCUUUUAGAAGAAGCUUGCCGGCAAGGCUUGCCAUUUGCUGCCUGGGAUGGGCCCACUGUUGUCUCAUGGCUGGAGCUGUGGGUUGGCAUGCCAGCCUGGUAUGUAGCUGCCUGCCGUGCCAAUGUCAAGAGUGGUGCCAUUAUGGCCAACCUGUCAGAUACAGAAAUCCAGCGGGAAAUUGGCAUCAGCAACCCCUUGCACCGGCUCAAGCUUCGCCUUGCCAUCCAGGAGAUGGUGUCACUUACCAGUCCCUCAGCCCCUGCUACAUCACGUACAUCUACUGGAAACGUGUGGAUGACACAUGAAGAGAUGGAAUCUCUCACAGCCACAACAAAGCCAGAGACAAAAGAAAUCAGCUGGGAGCAGAUCCUGGCAUAUGGUGACAUGAAUCAUGAGUGGGUGGGAAAUGAUUGGUUGCCCAGCUUGGGCUUGCCUCAAUACCGCAGCUAUUUCAUGGAGUCACUAGUGGAUGCCCGGAUGCUGGACCACCUCAAUAAGAAGGAACUGCGGGGCCAGCUCAAGAUGGUUGACAGUUUCCACAGAGUGAGCCUCCAUUAUGGGAUCAUGUGCCUGAAACGUCUUAACUAUGACAGGAAGGAAUUGGAGAGAAGACGGGAAGAAAGUCAGAACCAAAUCAAAGAUGUGAUGGUUUGGUCCAAUGAACGCGUAAUGUGCUGGGUACAAAUGAUUGGGCUGAAAGAGUUUGCCAACAACCUGAUUGAGAGUGGUGUGCAUGGGGCCCUCCUUGCCCUGGAUGACACCUUUGAUUGCAACGAUUUGGCCCUGCUGCUACAGAUCCCUACCCAGAACACACAGGCUCGCCAAAUGUUGGAAAAAGAAUUUGGGAACCUCGUCACUAUGGGAACAGACCGGAGACUAGAUGAGGAUAGUGCCAAGACCUUUAGCCGUUCCCCAUCUUGGCGGAAGAUGUUCCGGGAAAAGGACCUCCGCGGUGUCAGCCCUGACUCGGCUGAGAUGCUGCCAGCCAAUUUUCGCACAGCCUCCGUGGCCUCCAUUACCUCACCCGGGGUGCAGCUUCGUAAGAUGCAACCAGAGGGGAACUCAUUAGGUAGCCAACGGGCAGACAGUAUGUCAGUGCGAACGUACUCCUGUUAAUGCCAAGACAAUGGAGAUGCUGUCCUGGUUGUGUCGGGCCACCCUGUCUUGAACAGGAGGGCUCCCCACAGCUGUUGCUGCCGCCGCCACCUCUCUCCUCAUCAUGUGCUCCAAUCUGGGCUGUGGGGAGGAGCUGCCGCCGCCGCCGCCACCACCGCUGCUGCCGCCGCCACUGCUGCUGCUGCUGUAGAGAAGGAAUAGGGAGUACAUGGGGAUGGUAGAGAGAGAAAAAGAGAGGAAAGAGAGCUCCUCCUUGACCCUCCUCCUCGCAGCAGUGGCUUGUGGUCACUGGAGAACUCAAGGGACUCAAGCUAAGGAGGAAGGAGCCCUCCCCAAGCCUGCAGAAGUCGGCCUUCAACUCUGGUGUCUAUGUAUCGUCGUUCUGGGCUUGGGCAUAAGAAUGUGAAUGAAGCUAUACACCCAUCCACAUCCCUUACCCUCCACCUCACUCCACUUCACUGCAGCCUGUCCUUCCACCUCUUCUCUCUCCACCUCCUGGGCUUGGGUGAGAGGUGGGCAUCUCGCCUCACCUUCCUGUUGCCAUGGGCUAACUGGCUCAUCUGUCUUGACAACCUGUUUCCAUUCCUUGCCUUCCUAUGAGUGCCAAGUCUUCUGAUGGCUCUCCUUCCUCUUCCUCUUCCUCUUUUGCAUUGCUGCUACAAAGGUGUACCCUAUUUCACCUCAUGAUAGCCAGAAGGGGGUUAACUGCUUAAAGCCAAGUUCUCUCUGCCUCCAUCUCUCUCUCUCUCUCUCUCUCUCUCUCUCAAUCUCUUUCAAGCUCUCUCUCAAGUCCUGCCCCCUUCCAGUGCCUCUUCUUCUCGAAAAAAUGUGGGGGAGAAAGACGGGAGCAGGUUGGAGUGGGACAGGCUUUUCUCCUUCUGCUCCAAAUUCCCAACCCACAAUAGGGAAUGAGAAGAGAAAUGCUGAAUAAAGAGCCAUGCCCAGACCUGGCAGUGACUUACCCCUUGGAGCCGAACUCCAGAGAGUUCUGAGUUGGGGAGUACUGUCUACACAGCUGCUGCCUUUACUCAGAAGCGGCUGCAUUUUGGCACAAAUAAGGAAUCCUUUUUUUAAAAAAAAUAAAUAAAAAUAAAACAAAAACCAGCCUCCUGCUAUCUUCUCUCUGCCCACCAUCCAUUUCAGGCUCCCUUUUUUCCUUCCAAAGGAAAGAGUCUGGGAUUAUGACAUGAGAAGGUGGCAGGAGAGAGGCGAGGACCCUGGGGAGAAUCAUCUCCCAACCUCUUUAAAUCCCGAUGUGAAGCUGCUCCAGUGAACAAAUGUUCUGUCUGGUUCUGUGCAAGGACAAAACUGUAUCCUGGUGGAGUGUGAAAUCUUUUAUUUAUUUAUUUUUCUCUCCCACUGAAAGGGAGCCGGGGAUGAGGAAUUCAGGUCUGAGACACUCAAACUGGAAGGGGGAGAUCUCAGCCUGGAAUGGGCAAUAGAACUCUGGACUUUUACAAUAUGGCACACAGACCCCCUCCUCUCCCUCUAAGACUACUGUAACAUAAGAGUUGUAUUUUCUGUGUAUAUCUGUGCUGUGGAAUCUCGUGUAAAUUGAAUUUCUUUUUCGACCGCUGUUACAAGUUCUCUGUUAAUUUAAUAAUGUGUCCUGUUCCCCCUCCGCCCCCCCUCCCCCCUGCACGCCCAUAAUUUUCAUUUGAUGUUUAUAUUUUAUGCCUUUUUUUAAUUUUAAUGUUUUUUUUUUCCUGGGGAGGGUGUGCGGGGGUGAGGGGCAAACCAAAGGGGGAUGUUUUGCAUGAAAGUGGGAGGGGGGAGGAAAAAAAUACAAAUCUUGACGACAACAACAAAUAUUUUCUAUCAGGAAGAUUGUGAGGGGUGAGCGGGAAGCCGAGGCAUAGGAAGGAAAACCUCCUGGGUACCUCAGCUCCAGUUCGCCUCAAGGUGAUGGGGAAAGGGAUGGGCAAAAGCGGAGUGAGUGAUAGGAACUGUUGGGGGUUUAAAAAGAAAAGAAAAGAAAAAAAGAAAAAAGUUUUAAAACAUUUUCUAGAAUCUGCAGACUUUUGUUUAAUCCAACAGCAAGCACUGAACGAAGUGGAAUGUUGCCUGAGGGUUCUCUCUUUUCCUAUGAGACAACACCCAUAGUUCACUUUCUCUGUCCAGUCUUUCACCACUCCAGUUUCUUUUGAAGUAUUGCUGGACUGAGGUCCAAGGGGAACUGAAAUGCCAAGUAAGGUCUGCUCCUCCUGGGACAUCCCCCAGACAGCACUUGUUUUCAUGCAUUGCCAGUGUUGUGCUGGCCUUGUGAUUACGCCACUAUAACCUUGACAUUGGUUCAGUGUUGCCGAUGUGAGGGAUUUAAGACAUUGUUUAAAGCUUUCCAGCUAGCAUGAUUGAACUAUGUGACUUGCACUGACAAAAAGGGAAAAGGAACCCAAGGUAGAGCUUUGUAGCUGUUGUUGGUUCACUUACUCCUUCACAUUUGCUUCUACGGGUGUUUCCCAAUGAGGCUUUCACUAUGCAGUCACUUUGCCUCAUGCAUGGAAUUUUACAAAGGAUCCAGAAAACAGUGUCUUGAACCCUUCUGCUAUAUGCUCUUCCUUCUGUGAGAAAGAUUUUGGAGAACACAGUUUUUCAAAGCCUCGGAGUUUUACAAAGCAUAUUUGCCAUUCAGGACUUACUCUGUGCCAAAUUUGCAGGAAACACCUUUUUCUUUGCAGAAAAUGUUUCUACAUGAAAAUAUUAUUUUCUGUUCAAAAAAAGCUUUUUCCUGUGCAGAAUUCUGUUUUCUGUGCAAACAGCCAUGUGCAAAUGUUUGCUUAGAGUAGUAUGACAUUGUGGUUUGAGUACUGGGCUGUGACUCUGUGUCCAGGGUUUCAAUUCCCAGCUCGACCAUGAAACCUACAGGUUGCAUGCUCUCAGCCUC